UUUCUUGAUUUUUGUUAUUGUCAUUUUUGAUUCAUGGUUUUUGUGUGUGUAUUGUUUCUUUUUCAAAUCAAUCUUGGUGGGUUUUAUUUCAGUAGUUUGAGGACAUAUAUAUGUGUGUAAAGAUUCCAACUUUGUGUGGAUCUCACCAUUUACAGAGGUCCUUUUCCUUGUUUUUAGGCUUGAAAAUGGCAAUUUCAUCGUACCCUACUCCAGCAGACGCGGGAGUGCUCUGCGUAAUCUUGGCUAACACAGCCAUCUCCAUCUCCAUCUUCAAGGAGAUCUUCCGCUCCAUCCUAAACGUCCUCGGCAUUAACAUAUCUUCGUGGGAGGACUUCACGGUGGAGCCCUCAAACUCGGGCGAGUGCUGCAGACGCCCCUCGGAGUUGUACGUGGAGGAGUUCAGGAGCCACUCGCCCUCUAUGCAGUACGAGUCGGUCUUCUUCCACCAAUGCCCCAAGCAAGAGUGCUCCAUCUGUCUGACAGAAUUCGUGCCCAAGGCCGAGAUCAACCAGCUCUCCUGCGGCCACGUCUUCCACAACCCGUGCCUCGAGAAGUGGCUCAACUACUGGAACACGACGUGCCCUCUCUGUCGGAACUACAUGAUGCCACAGGAAGCUGAGGAGGAUGCAUCCUGCCCCAUGUGAGGUACAAUCUACAACGUGUGUACAGAAUAGCGUGUAAAAACGAAAGAGAAGUAUCCAUUAGAAUCGUGUAGUCCAAUGCGUAUACUUAAGCUGCCAGUAUUGCGCGUCCUCUUUGUAGCGACGGGUCAGCAUCCUUGUUUAUAUAUAUAUUUGGGAAGCUAAAACAGGUUGUUUUGUACUCAUAAAAUCAUCAUCUUUCGAUUA